AUGGCAGAAGCGGACCGCACGGCGCAGUUCGAGGCCGUCGUGCGCCGCCUGACUCCGCUGCUGCACCGAUGUGCCGCGAGUGCCCGCGUGACGACGGGCACGGCCUACCUGCUGCUCGUCCACGCCCUCGCAUCCAAGGGGGUCGCUCGGGCGCUGUGUGGGGGCCGCGACGCGUGCCUCAAGCGCCACAUCUCAUCCAAAUCUUCGGUAGAAACCAUCAGAAAGGCCUGCGCGCGGUACGCCGGGGCGGAUAUGCCGCCCGAGAUCAUGGCGGGCAUCGGCGAUAAGCAGCGGCGCAUGCUGAGCGCCGCGGCGAAGCUGGUGGCCACGCUGGCGCUGUUCCGCCUCGCGGGGCAGCAGGUGGACCACAAGCUCGAGCUGGCGGCCUCGCUCGCGACGAAGGAUCUUUUGAAGAGGUUCAAGUCACAGCGGGGGGGCUGCGCGAGCUGCCCCCGCUGCACGGUCCGCGGCAGGCUCGGGGAGCUCCUGCCCCGGCUGUGGGGCCACUUGCGACGCAGCGGGGAGGAGGAGGAGGGGGGUGCGCCAUUCGCGUUCCUCCCGGAGUUCGUUAAGAGCGUCUCAGACGCCUUCGCGAAGGGGGCCGGAGCCUCCUGGCGCCUCGACCUGGAGCAGCUGUCGGGCUGGGUGGGGUCGGUCGUCGAGCGCCCCUCCGUCAGGCACAUGCGGAGUUCGUUUGCGACGCACCUCGACGGGCACAUCGCUCUCGCGUUCCAGACGGCGUGGCCCUGCGAGGGUGCGCCGGCCCAGGAGCUGCAGCGCGGCAGCAAGCGCGCCGGCGCGGGGGCCGGCGCGUCGGGGCACGCGAGCGCCGACGACAGCAUGCAAGACAGCAGCGACAGCGACAGCGACAGCGGGUACGAGGAGGACGACGGCGCGCCGGACGUGCCGCACGUCGAGCGCCUCGCCGCCGCUCUCCGCGACGCCUGGACGAACCGCUGGGAGGAGCGCAAAAGGGCCGCCGCGGCGCAGGAGCGGCCAGGGGUGCAGACGCCCGGCAGCGACGGACGUCCGGCCUUCGCGUCGAUCUUCUCCGGGCUCGGGGCGUUCGCGCUGGCGCUGGAGAUGGCGGGCAUGCGUCUCGUGCAGACCUGCGAGUGCGACGAGGGCAAGCGGCGCGUCCUGGAGCACUGGUGGCCGACGGGCACCACCGGCGUGGACCACGGCUGCUCGGACGUCGGAGGGCUCGUCCUGGCGGAGGGGAUCACGUGCGUGGUCAUGGGGCCGCCGUGCACGGACCUGUCGAGUGUCGGGAAGCGAGAGGGGCUCUUCGGUCGGGAGAGCGGGCUCGUCGCGGAUGCCUUCGCGGCCAUCCAGAGGGCCGCGCAAGGCGGGCACGGCCCGGAGUGGGUCGUCGUGGAGCAGGUGGACGCCGCGCGGAACAGCGGCUCGGCGCUCGGUACGUCGGGGCCCGGUCCCGGUCCGUCGGCCGUGCAGGCGAUGGUCGCCGCCCUGCACGCCAUGGGCUACGGCAAGGUCUGCACGCGGUGCUGGAGCCCGAACGAGGACGCGGGCAUCCCCGUGCGCCGCCACCGCGUGUUCCUGGUCGCGGCCCGCACGCACGACGCGCGCCAGGUCCUGUUCCGGCCCGUGCCGCGCCCCGGCACGAGCGCCACGUCCGGCCCCCCCGCCUUCUUCUUCACGCCCCCGCGCAUCGGGCCCGGUGGCGCGGUCGCGUGGGCGGAGCCCGCGGCCCCCGUGCCCCGGAAGAGGAGGGCGGCGCCGGCGGAGGCCUCCCGGCGCGCGGCGAUCGCGAUCGACCUGUCGUGCGUCCGCGCCGUCCCCAGCGGGGAGGGCGCGCACACGCUGCCGUGCCUGACGGGCUCGAACGGCUGCGUCGCCGUGCUCGACGGCGCGCGGUCGCGCAGCUUCCUGAUCUCCCCGGAGAUCCGCGAGCGGGCCGCCGGGCUCCCGGCGGGCUUCUCCGCGCGGUGCAACAGCAGGAGCCCUGCGACGGCGAGCGACGCGGCGCGUGUGCGCGCGCUGGGCUCGUGCUCGGGGGUGCUGCCGGUCCUGUACAUCGGCGCCGGCAUCGUCCACCUGUAUCGAGGCCCGGGCUACGCGGGCAGCAACGACCCCCUGCUGGCCCCGCCGCUCGACGGCUCCCUGGACCCGCGCGACUUCUCCCCCGACGGCUGCUUGGACGCGGCGAGCAGGGCGCGGGAGCAGCAGGGGCGGCCGCCGCAGGACGAGGUGCGGCCGCUCUCUUGGACGUUUCCCGCAUGGGCCACGUGGUCGGAGGCGGCGCUGGCGGGUGGCGGCGCACCGGGCGAGGACGGCGACGAGAGCGGCGCCGUCGUCGUGCACAGGCGCCUCGCGAAGGGGCUGGCGCCCGGCGGCUGGUUCGGCGGGCAGCCGCUGACGCCGCUGGGCCGCUGGAUCACGCUGGCGGAGUCCAACCUCUGCGGCGUGCUGGACCACUCGGAUGUCGACAACUGGGGCUCGCAGCUGCGAACGAACUACACCGGCGAUCCGGACGCCGCCACCGCGGCGCUGCGCCGGGCGCAGAGGCACAUGCGGUCGGACUGA